UGUGUAUGUGUGAGUGUGUGUUUGUGUGACAAGUGAUGUUCUUGCUUCGUAGGCGAAAACGACAGCAGCUUGAUUUGGGAAUAAUGAUAAAAUAAACAUUACUUUGUGCUCUGAGAUUAACACUCAGAGCACAAACCUUUUUCAAGCUUUCCUCAUUGAAGGCUGUGGAGAGGCUGGGGAGGAAUCGCAAAAGGGAAAGAGGAAGGAAAUCUCAAACGGCUCCUGCAAAAUACAGGCUCCAGCUGCACUGUUGUUUGUGUCUGCUCAGACUUUACAUGUCGCCUGGAGGGUCACCUGACGUUCAACAACCAACCAUGAAUGUGAAAGCUGUGCUGGACGGGAAUAAAGUUCGUUAAUGGCUCGUGUGAAUAGGAUUGCCGGGGUUCGGCUCCUGUCGGGGAGUCUCGUGCUGCGCGCAACCGGAACCAAAGAAGGGGGAAGACAUUCACGGUGGGACACUGGUGUAAAGAUGGCAGACGUACCAGAUAAUGCUCCUGAACAUUGCCCAGGUACAUCAAGUGAGCAAGCAGGAAAGUCUUCGUCAUGCGAGGGCUGCCCAAACCAGAAUCUGUGUGCUUCAGGAGCCACCAAGGCCCCAGACCCCGCCAUAGCAGAGAUAGGCUUGAAGAUGUCGACGGUCAAACACAAGAUCCUGGUUCUGUCGGGGAAAGGAGGAGUUGGUAAGAGCACGUUCAGCGCCCACCUGGCCCACGCUCUGGCCAGCGACAGCGCCAAGGAGGUCGCCCUGCUGGACGUAGACAUCUGUGGUCCAUCCAUUCCAAGGAUGAUGGGCUUGGAGGGAGAACAAGUUCACCAGAGCGGCUCAGGCUGGUCUCCUGUGUAUGUGGACGACAACCUGGCGGUCAUGUCUAUCGGCUUCCUGCUCAGUAGCCCUGAUGAUGCUGUGAUCUGGAGAGGACCCAAGAAGAAUGGGAUGAUCAAGCAGUUUCUGAGGGACGUCGACUGGGGGGAGUUGGAUUACCUCAUCGUGGACACACCCCCCGGCACCUCUGAUGAGCACCUGUCAAUAGUCCAGUACCUCAGCUCCACCCACGUCGAUGGAGCCGUCAUCAUCACCACACCACAGGAGGUGUCGUUGCAGGAUGUGCGGAAGGAGAUACGAUUUUGUCAGAAGGUCAAGCUGCCAAUCAUCGGAGUGGUGGAGAACAUGAGCGGCUUCGUCUGUCCUAAAUGCAAGAACACGUCGCAAAUCUUCCCCCCCACAAGUGGAGGUGCUGAGCAAAUGUGUGCGGAUCUAAAUCUACCUCUGCUGGGAAAGGUACCUCUCGACCCGAGGAUAGCGCGGAGCUGCGACGAGGGCAAAUCGUUCCUCAGUGAAGUACCUGACUCUCCUGCUGCCAAAGUCUUACAGAGCAUUGUGCAGAGUAUCCAGGACUACUGCUCCAGUCACGUGACAGAGGAGCAGGGCGCCACCUGAAGACUCACUGUGCUAAAGAGGAGCCUGGAAGAUCAGAGCUCGUCCCGGUGUCAUCAUCAACGUCUUUGUAAUAUAAG